UUAUUCCCAUAAUUCUUUUGUUCACAUAAUCACUCUAUAAAUAGGCGCCGAUCCUCUCUCUGUUUCUCUCGAAGGUGCCUACGAGUCUUCAGCAUCUUCUUCUACUCUUCCCUACUUUUCAGGCGUUCAAAUCAUGACUCAAACAUUGAAUUCUAGCAACAAUCGCGACAAACUCAACGGCCUCAAGCAGUCAAUCAAGUUUCUCUACAGUUAUGGAGGCAGAAUCGUUCCUCGUCGUCCCGACGGCAAGCUUCGGUAUAUUGGCGGCUUAACGCGUGUGCUUUCGGUUCAUCGCUCCAUCAAUUUUGCAGAGCUGAUGGUGAAGUUUGGAGAAUCGUGCGGAGAAUCUAUGAGCUUGAGGUGUAAGCUUCCGACUGAGGAUUUGGAUGUUCUGGUCUCGGUGAGGAGCGAUGAGGAUCUCGCGAAUGUGAUUGAAGAGUACGAUCGCGUCUCGGCGGCCACGAAUCAGGAGAUGAAGAUCCGAGCCGUGCUUUCCCCGAUCAAUCCGCUGAAAAAGGUCUCUCCUCCGUCCUCGCCAAUGUCCUGUUUCGAUUUUCCGGCGACGUCGAGAUUGUAUCCGGUUAAAAUCUCCGGAUACCACUCGCCUCCGCAGUACAAGGCGUCAUCGUCGAGUAGAUGCUCCUCACCGGUUUUUGGAUAUCCAGUCGGCGGCGAGAGGCUUCGCCACUGUCAUCACUGCAAAGGAGCUGCAAGCCAUAGGCCGCAGCACGUCUACACUGUUCUUCACGGAAACCGCAGCCAAUAGGAUCCAUUAAACCACACAAAAAGGGAAAAACAUAUAAAAAUUCAAAAACUAUACCAAAACAAUUUAACUAAGAAAUAUAUACCAGAUAUUUUGAUUGUGAAUUGUUCAUAAUUUGUCCAAUUUUUUGCGGUGGAUUUUUGAGAUCCAGUUCUGAUCUCAAUUCUUUUA